AUGGUGAAAGAUAACAGCCAAAGCGAAGACUUGGUCCUCGAGGCCGAGCGUCUCGAGGAGCUGCUCAGCAACGCCCUUGAGCUUGGCGCGGGAGCGACAGGCAGGGCCCUCCUCGUCCGCCGGGGCGAGAGCGAAGCCGUGCUGAAGGUGGCUCAUUCUGAAGUCUACUCUGACCAGUUCAAGGAAGAGUUCGAAAUCCUGAAGGAGGUGGCCGGCGCCGGGGGAAGCCCCAAGGCGCUGAGCCUCUGCUCCAACCCUCCGGCCAUCAUGUGCACCUUCGUCGGCCCCUACACGCUCAGGCAUGUGGUGAGGGAUCUGAAUUUCUCCGACGCGAGGCUGCUUGGCCUCAGCCUCCGUCUCUGCGUCGCCGUCCAGGAAGUGCACGACAAGGGCUACAUCCACAACGACCUCGAGGCCGACAACAUCGUUGUGGACGCCACAGGACAGAUAAGCAUUGUCGACUUCGGGAGCACCUGUCGACCUGGGCAGACGGCGGUGUACCGCAGCUGCCCCACCAGGAACACGGCUCCCGAAGUCCUCGGCGGAGGCCAAGGCACCGAGGCCUCCGACGUGUUCGCGCUCGGAGGCUUGCUCAUGAAGGUCGUCAGGGAGAUGACCAACCCCCCGCGGACGCUCAGGAGGCUCGCGCGCAAGAUGCGGAGGCCAGAUCCGCUCCGGCGCCCCAGCCUGCCUUCUGCCGUCGACAGCCUCGCCCGCUGCUACUUCUCAGGAGACGAGUGCGAGGACGAAAGCCAAUACGAGAGCGAGGCUGAGAGCGAAGACGAAAGCGAAGUCGCAGGGCAAUAG